AUGGCCGUUAAUCCUCUGGAAGGUCUCAGGACGGUGGCAGUGAAUCACCAGCUCAUCUUGAGCUCCACGGCGGAGCUGCGGAGCCAGCAGCCCUCUCCAGCCGGCAGCCCAGCAUCUCUGCACAGACACAGGCAGAGCACCCACAGCAGCCGGGAGCCUCGGAAGUGGUCUACGUGUGGGUCCAGGCUUCACUCUGGUCCCAUCUGUGGGUCUGCGGUCCAGUCCAGGACGCUGAGGAGUCAACACUCCCCAGAGAACGCAGCACGAGAGCGGAGCCGCGUACGCAACCUGCGACAGGCCUUCCACAGUCUGCAGGCGGCUCUGCCCUCAGUCCCACCUGACACCAAGUUAUCCAAGCUGGAUGUUCUGGUUCUGGCUACUAACUACAUAGCCUAUUUAUCAGAGACCCUGGACCAGGGGGAGUUGUUGGCUGAACACACCCUGUCGUCCAGGUCAGGAGGAUACUUGCAUCCUGUGAAGAAGUGGCCCAUGCGUUCCCUGCUGUACUGCGGCAGCGUGGGAGAGCUGCUGGCAGGAGGGAUCUCAGCAAAUCAGACGCUCCCACCUGGACGGAUCGAGACACACCCUCGGACAGCCGCCGCAGAAGCAGACAAAGAGUGAUGAAUAGAACACAUGACAUAACUUUCACCCUGUUAACUGGCCAUGUAGCUUCUCUCGAUGGUGUUGCAAUCAGACAGUGAUGAGGAAUGAAAAGAAGCUACUUUCAAAUGAUCAAGGUUCCCUGAAUAAAGUCUUUCAGUUUUUGCUUUAUGUUGAUGUGAAGGACAGGAUUUAAAUUCACAAUUUGCAUUCUACAAGGACGAUAUUUUAAAUCUCCAACUGUUGGAAAAGACAACGAAUUGUAAAAACUAAUUACCUUUUUGUAAUUAUUUAAUUUAACAAUAUAACUCAAAAACUAGUGAAUGCCCUGGUAAGCUCAAGGCUUAUUGUUUAUCUUGCUUGUACAAAGGUAAUGGUUUUCCUGCCAUAUGAGGAUUAAAUAAAAGGGAAAACACACAAGUUAUCACACACACACAAACACACACACACAGCACAGAUGAACCUUUGGUGAAUACAUCCCAUCACUAUCUGAGCAUUAGACAGCAGGUUGUCAGGAAAGGAUUUAAUACAAGGAAAUUAAAAGGCUGCUCCACUUGACUCAUUAUGCCACAAAUCACUACAUGGAAUGAACAGAGUGUAUCUGUUAUCUUGAUUUAGAGCUUGUUGAGUUUUUAUUACAUUUUGACCAUAGAUGAGUUUAAUUAGCUGUGCUUUAAGAAAAGACCUUUGUUUGGUCCUGUUUUGUUAUUUUGGUGAUUUUGUGUGUGUGUGCGUGUACGUGAGAGCGAGAGUGUGUGUGUAGCAAUGAGGGAGGGAUUGUUGUGGGAACACAGCAGCUGUGAACUACAACAUAUCUCUGCAGUAAUGAGCACUUAGUUCUCUUUACAACUACAACAACAGGAUGUAACCUUGGAGUAAAACAGUGUCUACACUAACAGUGUGUGUGUGUGUGUGUCGGUUAUUUCCGCGGGCUACACAAGACCAACAUGUCAGAGGAAGAAACAACCCCAGUAAAGUUGAAGUAGACUUCAGUGCGUUCAAUUCAACUUCACUUCAGUCAAUGAAGAAGAAGAAUGUUAGGCUACAUUUUACGAAAAUUGUGAAUAAAGCUUCUUUGUUACAUAA